GGCUUGUGCUGUGGGGAUGAUAUGAUUUAGCUUCGUUUAGCUAGCACCUUUUUUUUGUGCUUACUAAUAUGUGCUGCAUGGAGGAGAAAUGUGUCGGGGUCGUGCGGGUGGGGAGUAAAACGGUGCACAUGAUCCACACGCUGGUCUGUGGAUGCUAAAGGGACACAGAAGUAGCCGCCUGAAUAAUUCAUCCUGGAUGUCAUCGCAUGCGGACCGCGUGGAAGACGCACCGACCUCGUCACGAGGCUUAUUAUCGUUGUGAUUAUGAACUGUCUGUCGUGUUCUUAGCUCGCAUUAUUUGCUGGAUUUGUGUGACUGCCGCUUGGAUGCAGCGCGCCGAUCAAUUCAUUGACCGAAGGUUUGUUUUUUUUCUCUGCUCAAUGGACUGCGCGUGAGUGUGCGCGCGCGCACUAAGAAGAAGGCGCCUCGGAAGAUGUUCUCCGUCUGCUGAGUUCGAGAGCGUCUGAGCUCGUAGAUUCCUCUUCCCGCCAUGAAGUCAGAUGCGCUGACGACCGCUCACAAAUCAGGAGAUGGACAAAACUCCAAUCGGAAGACGACCAAGAAGCCCGGAGAGCGGAGCUCGGCGGCAAAGCCAAAGACGACACUGCUGACCGGGACGCCGGUUGUGAACGGCACUGCCGGGGCCGCAGGAGUCGGGAGGGACGUUGCCGGUCCGGCUCGCCCCCGUGUGGAGAAGGAGACUGAGAAAAAGGUCAAUCCUGGGACCAGACCGAAGACCUCCCCUCCUAGCUGCAUGGCAAGAGCUCCCAGAGGCUCUGCGCAGCGAGUCGCCUCAUCCACGUCGGGUGGCGUCUCGCCAGAAAACGGCGGCGGGAGCCCUCGAAACGGCACUGCCUCCAUUCCAGGAGCCAAGCCCAAGCAGCAGGCCAAGCCGCUGUACAAACCACCACUCGCCAAAACGGACUCGGCAAGUCCCGUCAGCAGAUCCAAGGUGAAAGAAGGCGUCAAAGUCAAGCCCGUAGCAAGAGCGGACACCAAAGGCAAAGGAAUCCAAGACAACCACGCCGCCAAGCACGGCGCUAUUGGGAAAAAGCAGACUUUGCCCAGGAAGGAUUCAGACGGCUCGAGAGCCUCCGCGCCGACCAAACCACACGCGGAAACGGCCGAAAAGGUCUUAACCGGAAACUCCACCAAGUCCUUUUCGAAAUCAACCAAAGUGUCUCCUCCGCCACCGAAGCAACCCUUAAGCAAGUCGGCACCAAAGCUUAAAAGUACCAAUGAAACGGAGAGAGCACCGCUAAAAUGUGGAGCGACCAUUCGAAGUGCUAAAGGCCCAGAGGCUAAGGAGAAUGAUAAAAGUUCAGACUGUAAAACCGAACGGGAACAGAGUGGAAGCGCCGCACUUGCUUGCUCUGAGGAGCUAGCGGCGCCACAGCCAAGCCAGGACCAAGAUUCCCUCAGGCUCCAUCUGGACUCAACUUGUACUUCCGGAGUCCAGAAGACUGAGAAACAGGCGACAAAUGGAGCAGAAGAGCCUAGCGUAGCGCCGCAGGCCGUCAGAUCCAUCGCGUCGGUGAAAAAGACUGAAAGCCUCACGGGCGUUCGGUCUCCGAGUACCCCCGGAGACACUCCCUGCAGCGUGGGAAGCACCGGCACUCCCUUGGAGGACUCCUGGGGCGGCAUCCACACGCAGAUCAGCCCCGCGUCCGAGACGGGCAGCACGCACUCCACCUCCUCGGACGACAUCAAGCCCUGCUCGGAGGACUACGACGCGGGCGGCUCGCAAGACGACGACUGCUUCAACGAACGAGGGGUGUCCAAGUGCGGCACCAUGCGCUGCCAUGACUUCCUGGGGCGCAGCAGCAGCGACACGAGCACGCCCGAGGAAAUCAAGAUGUACGAGGCCGGCGCCGGGCUGAGGGUGGAGGUCCGGCUGCGCGGCCGGGAGAUGGAGACCACCAGCGAGGAAGAAGGCGCGAGGCCGCGUCCCCGCUCGCUGUUGCAAAAGCAACGUUUGGUGUCCGCCGAGACGACAUCCAGCGUCCCGGAGCGCCAGACUUCCGAGGAGGAGGAAGAGGAGACGGAGGAGGAGAGGUCCGAAGUGGAGGUGGUCCCCAGUCAGGGUCUGACAGAACCCUCGCCGCCAUUUCAAGGCAUCGUCAACUUGGCCUUCGACGAUGGCGCCGCGGACCAGGACGACGAGCAACCCGACUUUCAGUCCACUUCCAAUUUCCGCCGAUCCGUUUUGCUCUCCGUGGAUGAGUGCGAGGAGUUGGGCUCGGAAGAAUGCGGCGCCCAGACCCCUCAAGACCCCGACGACGACGCCGCCACCCCGUGUGAUGUUUUCGAGUCGGACUCGGUCACUCCGCAAUCCCACUGCGCCCCUUCCCGCUCACCCAACCCGUGCCAACAUUCGGGAACGGCGCGCCAGGAGCAAGGUGGGGGGCCCCAAGAAAGGCCUGCAGAAUCCCCAACGGAGAGUCAGCAAAGCCGAGGGACAGGCCCGCUUCCGCCGAGCGUCGACGCGGCCGGAGACCCCCCGCCCCAGGAACGGCCGUGUCACCUGGACCUGCGGCAACCGUACGCCAACGGAACCAAGAAGGCCGACUUGCACCUAGACUUAAAUGAGCCACGCGUGACGGGGGACACGCCCGCACAUGCUGCACAGUCUCCAGCAGGCGACAUUGCUUGUGACAGAUUGGAUCUAGGCGGCGGCAAACGCGAGCGGACGCCGUCCAACAAAGCCCUCUCCCCCAUUUACGAGACGGACACGGGCGACACUUUAGCGCGACGCUCGGACAAGGACAGAUCCAGACAAGGAAACACUGAGGACAAAGGCAGCGAGUUUGCCGAACGGGACUGGAGCCUGCUCAGGCAGCUCCUUUCAGACCAGGAGUCCAAUCUGGGAGUGAUCAACCCGGUGCCCGAAGAACUGAACCUGGCACAGUACCUGAUCAAGCAGACGCUGUCCUUGUCACGGGACUGUCUGGACGCAAGGGCCUUCCUGUCCCCGGAAAGGGAGACCUUCAAGCGCUGGGCAGAACUCAUCUCGCCCAUGGAGGACUCGUCCACCAGUAUCACGGUGACCAGCUUCUCCCCGGAAGACGCCGCCUCGCCACAAGGGGAGUGGACCAUCGUGGAACUGGAAACACACCACUGACCCGCCACACAUGCGAAAAUCAUGUUAUGUCUUGGUCCCAAUUUAUUCUCAGUCAAAAAAAAAUGUCCCUUUAGAGGUCUGUUAUGCAUACCGAUGUUUUUCAUGUUGCUUCCAAGCAGGGAAUAAAAACAACAACUCUCUCAUUGAAGUCUUCUAAUGCAGCGGUCCCAGACCACCAGUCCUUGGGACAUUUGCUACAGGGCCAUACAAAGAGACUGAACAAAUAAUGUUUUGUUUUUUAAUCUAUUAAUCAGUCUAUGUACACACUCACCCACUCUCUUGAUCAUUCUAUGUUCUAAUGGAUACCUUUAAGAAACUAAUGUUGGCUACAGCCUCGGCAUUUUGUGUCAUAUUACCAAAAUAAAGACGUGUGUUUAUC